GCCACGUCAGCAGUGACGUUCAACACAGUGCCACGUCAGCAGUACCACGUCAGACGCAGUGCCACAUCAGCAUUGCCACGUCAGCAACAUGACGGGCCUGCCAGGCCAACUGGCCAAUGAGACCAUUGCCGCCUACAAGCAGCGUUGCCUGGCUCAGAUAGAGGCUGAGGAACAACGYCUGCUGGYAGUCGAGGCUGCCCGCAUACAAGCUGAAGAGGCAGCAGCAGCAGAGAAACUGCGGCUACAGGCUGAUGCAGAAGCAGAUGCCCAGGCUCGCCGAAAGGAAGCCCAGGAUCUGUUGCAGCGGCAUGAAGCCAACAGCAUCCACAGACUCAAGUACUGGCAUUUUCAACCGAACAACGGCGAUGCAACACCGGAAGAAAAGCACAAGGAGUUYCUCUCCAAACUCGUGACGCGGUUGUUGUAUGCUUGCAACUACCAAAGGUCAGAGUUGGAGAGACAACACCGGGACCUGACGCAACAGCAUCAGGAAUUGGCGACGCUCCGCCGCACAGUGCAGAGCCACGAGGAUGCAACUCGGGCACUCAAUGCCCGAUUGUUGGACCUGGAACAGGCAGUACCAGGACCAGCUGCUGGAGCUUCCAGCAUUGCACCCUCAAGCCGCCAACUGGAGGAUCGCGUUGACCACGUAGUGGCAAUGCUCGGCGACAUCAGCACCUUCGCUGCGCCGACCACCACCAUCAGCAGUCAGCUGCAUACAUUGAAGACCGAGGUCCAAAAGUUGCAGUCGACGAACGCGGACGACAAUCCGAAGAUGUACAAGAUGCCAACUUUCAACCUGGAGAGGUUCGACGACUAUACGCAGAAGGAUCCCGUCCUCUGGUGGGAAGCAUUCACAACGCAACUCAGGAUUCUGCCAGUAGCCAAGCAUGCGUACAUCGGCGCUCUGUUCCUGAACUCAAAGGGCGGAUGCCAGACCUGGUUGAGCCACCUGGCAACCUCCCACGGCGUCGACGUACCAGACUUGAAGGACGUAAUCACAUUGGAGGAACAGAGACGACUGUGGAAGAACCGGUUCAUCAUCGACGACGCGCCGGCACUCGUCAUCAACCGUUUGUUCAUCAUGUCACAGGGCAACACAGCAACACGGGACUGGCUCACGGAGUGGCAGAAGAUUGCGGAUGUGCCCAAUCUGAACCUACCAUUCGAGCAUCUACGCCGUGAGUUCUACAACAGGUCUUGUGCGGCAUUGAGCCAGGCUCUUGGUGAUCGCGAGCAGUACUCAACCUUCGCGGAGAUCAUUGACAAAGCGAGGGAGAUCAUCAAGACCAACAGGACAGUUUCCAUGGGUCAAGUUUGGCUUGACCGAGGCGGAGUACAAGGUCCGCGGCCGCUACGGCAGCUGCUAUUGGUGCAACAGCACCAAGCACAAGACCUCCCUGUGCCGAGAUCAGGGCAAGGAGGAUGUGCGACCCCGCCUCAGCUCGGGAAACUGAACUCCGCGGAAGGUGAGGCGACUCCACCUUCUACUCCGCCAGAUUUGGCCGCCUUGCUAGCGGCCUCCUGCACAUCCGGGGAGGAUGCGAAUGUCGCAAGUCCUCGGUAUACUUACGAGGAUUAUGCUGUCCACUUGGUUCCACCGCUGGACCAACCGCUCCACGUGCAACAGUCCACCGCAUGCACGGUUUCAUCACCAUCGGCAACCUAUUCCGCAGCUUCGCCGCAAUCUAUCGCCGGGGAUUCGACGUCAUGGUCAAGACUUGAAGAGCUCGACCCAUUGACGUUCACGGACUUCCAGUGGAUGCCCGUUCCCUCGACCGGACGAUUGCCGAAACCGCAUUGCAACGUGCUUAUGGCACAAUUGCGGGACUUCUUGCACACUACAGUACCAGCUCCGUUGAUGGACGCCGGAGCAGAGGUUGUCGA